UUGGGCUCAAGAUUUUGUUGGGCUAACCCGUGAUCCUUGCGUGGAGUGGAGGCAAGCCGACAUGGCUGUGUGCCCACCAACCCCGCGCCUUGCACCAUGCCAACCACCUUUCGAGGUGAUUGACGAGCUGGAGUUGCCACCGCCAAUUGACGAGGAAGCUUCAGCUGUGUGCACUUUCAAGCCGCAGGCACCCAAAACUCCGAGGCUAAGUCCUUCGCCUAUGCCUUUUGACAUCAGCAUGCUGCCGGAGCUUUACCUGCCAGAUGCCUGCGACGCUGAGGCUGAUUGGACCCUGCCCUCCUACGGGCCUAUGAAGUCCGGGCCUAGCGGAGAGCUUCUGGGCAUGACCCGAAGUCGCGGCGGAUCAGGCGACAGCGGUAUGUUGCUGCCAAGCUCCGUGUGCUCCACCCGCUGUUCCUCCCCGGGCGGGCUGUCAGGUGCUGAUUCACCCUGGCUGCCGGCCUGCAUGGAGAAGCGCGACUCGAGGCCUGUGGCAUUCGAGCUGCUUGUAAGUGGAGGCGCAGCACUACCAGGGGAUUGGUUGGUAGGUGCAUGAGAACUUGCAGCGGCACUUUUGAUUGACGAGAGAUAGAGGAUCUCGCCCUACAGAGGCGUUUCGCGAGUCCACCUUUCCUGGCCUGCAUUUCGACAGGCCCUGGCGGAGGAUACUCUACCCUGCGGACGGCACCCCUGCUAGCAAUCUGAAAUGGUGGAACAGAAUUCGUGUAGAAAUGACCUAAAUGUCUAAAUGCCUUUAAUGCUGAGCCUGCUUUGCGCGAGCUGCGUACAGGACAAUGCCUGUUCCUGUGGGGUUGAGCAG